AUGCGUAUUACCAAACCGCUUCCUCACUGGGUCUGUUUCAGGGGGCUCACACGAAGACUGGAACAAAUCACGCCCCUGGUGGUGACAUACGUCCGGCCGGGAGGCCCUGCAGACAGAGAGGGCACUCUGAAGCCAGGCGACCGUCUGAUGAGUGUUGACGGGGUACCUCUCCACAGUGCCAACCAUGGAGAUGCCCUCACUGUGCUCAGCCAGUGUGGUCAGGAGGCCCUUUUCCAGAUCGAGUAUGACGUCUCUAUCAUGGAUAGUGUGAUGAAUGCAUCUGGUCCCCUAUUGGUGGAGAUCGCCAAAUCACCGGGGGCAGCUCUCGGUAUCACCUUGACAACCGCCACCCACAGGAACAAACAGGUCAUCGUCAUCGACAGGAUCAAAGCAGCUAGUGUGGUGGACAG